UUUUCUCUCACACUGGAGAAAGUGGCAACAAUGCACCAGCAACAGCAGCCGGAGCAGCACCCCGAAGAGGUGAACUAUGCAAGUAGCACCAGAAUCCCUCUCCCUGGUGACGGACCAGCUAUUCAGUCAAACAGUUCAGCACCAUCCAAGCAAACUGUUCUAUCUUGGCAAGCUGCAAUUGAUGCUGCUAGACAAGCAAAGGCUGCCCAAAAUAUGAGUACUACCACAGCCCAGCCUGUAGGAUCUCUGUCCCAAAGAAAACGCCAGCAAUAUGCCAAGAGCAAAAAACAGGGUAAUACAUCUAAUAGUCGGCCACCCCGUGCCCUUUUCUGUUUAUCUCUCAACAACCCAAUACGAAGAGCCUGCAUUAGUCUAGUAGAAUGGAAACCAUUUGACAUAUUUAUACUACUGUCUAUUUUUGCCAAUUGUGUGGCCUUAGCUGUUUACAUCCCAUUCCCAGAAGAUGAUUCUAAUUCAACUAAUCAUAAUUUGAUGAAUGAUGCUAUGGGAUUUGAAUUGCCAUGGGUGUAUUUUGUCAGUCUCGUCAUCUUUGGGUCAUUUUUCGUACUAAAUCUUGUUCUUGGUGUAUUGAGCGGAGAAUUUUCCAAGGAAAGAGAAAAAGCCAAGGCCCGAGGAGACUUUCAGAAGCUACGUGAAAAACAGCAACUUGAAGAAGAUCUGAAGGGAUAUUUAGACUGGAUUACACAGGCAGAAGACAUUGACCCUGAGAACGAUGAAGAGGUCGAUGAAGAAGGCAAGCGGAACACAAGCAUGCCCACCAGUGAAACUGAGUCAGUGAACACCGAGAAUGUGAGUGGAGAAGGAGAGAGCCCAGCAUGCUGUGGGAGUUUAUGUCAAACCAUCUCGAAAUCCAAGUUCAGUCGACGCUGGCGUCGCUGGAAUCGAUUUAAUCGAAGAAAAUGUAGAGCUGCAGUAAAAUCUGUCACAUUUUAUUGGCUUGUUAUUGUCUUGGUCUUUCUGAACACAUUAACUAUCUCAUCAGAGCACUAUAAUCAACCUGACUGGCUGACCCAGAUCCAAGAUAUCGCAAAUAAAGUUCUUCUGGCUUUAUUCACCUGUGAAAUGUUAGUAAAGAUGUACAGCUUGGGCCUACAGGCUUAUUUUGUUUCUCUUUUUAACCGCUUUGAUUGCUUCGUUGUUUGUGGUGGCAUUGUUGAAACCAUUUUGGUGGAGUUGGAAAUUAUGUCACCCCUUGGAAUUUCAGUGUUUCGCUGUGUUCGUCUCCUGCGUAUUUUUAAAGUAACAAGGCACUGGGCAUCCCUGAGCAACUUGGUAGCAUCCUUGUUAAACUCAAUGAAGUCCAUUGCUUCACUGUUGCUUCUGCUUUUCCUCUUCAUCAUAAUCUUCUCGUUGCUUGGAAUGCAGCUGUUUGGAGGCAAAUUUAAUUUUGAUGAAACUCAAACAAAACGGAGCACCUUCGAUAAUUUUCCACAAGCUCUUUUAACUGUAUUCCAGAUUCUAACAGGUGAAGACUGGAAUGCUGUUAUGUAUGAUGGCAUAAUGGCAUAUGGUGGUCCAUCAUCAUCAGGCAUGAUAGUCUGUAUAUAUUUUAUUAUCCUCUUCAUCUGUGGUAACUAUAUCUUGCUAAAUGUCUUCUUGGCCAUUGCUGUGGAUAACUUGGCAGAUGCUGAGAGUCUAAAUACAGCUCAGAAAGAAGAAGCUGAAGAAAAGGAGAGGAAAAAGAAUGCGAGGAAAGAGAGCCUGGAAAAUAAAAAAAGUGAGAAGUCAGAAGGUGAUCAAAAAAAGCCCAAGGAUAGUAAGGUAACAAUUGCUGAAUAUGGAGAAGAAGAUGAGGAUAAAGAUCCCUACCCACCCUGUGAUGUACCAGUAGGUGAGGAGGAAGAAGAUGAGGAGGAUGAGCCAGAGGUACCAGCAGGCCCACGUCCCCGUAGAAUAUCGGAGCUAAACAUGAAGGAGAAGAUAACGCCGAUCCCUGAAGGGAGUGCCUUCUUCAUUUUCAGCAGCACCAACCCAAUUCGAGUGGGAUGCCACAAACUCAUCAAUCACCACAUCUUUACCAAUCUUAUUCUCGUCUUCAUCAUGCUGAGCAGUGUUUCCCUAGCAGCAGAAGAUCCAAUUCGCAGCCACUCUUUUCGAAAUAAUAUCCUAGGGUAUGCAGAUUAUGUCUUCACUAGUAUGUUUACAUUUGAGAUCAUUUUGAAGAUGACAGCAUUUGGAGCAUUCCUUCAUAAAGGGUCCUUCUGCAGGAAUUAUUUUAAUUUGCUGGAUUUGCUGGUUGUGGGUGUUUCUCUGGUAUCAUUUGGUAUUCAAUCAAGUGCUAUUUCAGUUGUGAAGAUCCUCAGAGUUCUAAGAGUCUUGAGGCCCCUAAGGGCAAUAAAUAGAGCAAAAGGACUUAAGCAUGUUGUUCAGUGUGUCUUUGUGGCUAUUAGAACUAUUGGUAAUAUCAUGAUCGUUACAACUCUGCUGCAGUUCAUGUUCGCUUGUAUUGGAGUGCAGCUGUUCAAGGGAAAAUUCUACAGGUGCACUGAUGAGGCAAAACAGAAUCCAGAGGAAUGCCGAGGGAUAUACAUUGUUUAUAAAGAUGGAGAUGUUGAUAAUCCAAUGGUCAAAGAGAGGGUCUGGCAAAAUAGCGAUUUCAACUUUGAUAAUGUUCUGUCUGCUAUGAUGGCCCUUUUUACAGUAUCCACUUUCGAAGGCUGGCCUGCGCUGCUAUAUAAAGCCAUUGAUUCAAAUGGCGAGAAUGUAGGACCUGUAUACAACUAUAGAGUGGAGAUCUCCAUUUUUUUCAUCAUCUAUAUCAUCAUUAUUGCUUUCUUUAUGAUGAACAUAUUUGUUGGUUUUGUGAUUGUUACGUUCCAAGAACAGGGAGAACAAGAGUAUAAGAACUGUGAGCUGGACAAAAAUCAGCGUCAGUGUGUGGAAUACGCCUUGAAGGCACGUCCUCUUCGUAGAUACAUUCCAAAAAAUCCUUACCAGUACAAGUUCUGGUAUGUGGUGAAUUCUACAGGAUUUGAAUACAUCAUGUUUGUCCUCAUCAUGCUGAACACGCUUUGCUUGGCUAUGCAGCACUAUGGACAGUCUAAGCUCUUCAAUGAUGCAAUGGACAUUAUGAAUAUGGUUUUCACAGGAGUGUUCACUGUUGAAAUGGUUUUGAAACUGAUUGCAUUCAAACCCAAGGGCUAUUUUAGUGAUGCCUGGAAUACGUUUGACUCCCUCAUCGUUAUUGGCAGCAUAGUAGACGUCGUUCUCAGUGAAGCUGAUCACUAUUUCACUGAUGCAUGGAACACUUUUGAUGCCUUAAUUGUUGUUGGUAGCGUCGUUGAUAUUGCUAUAACAGAAGUUAAUCCAAAGCCAACUGAAACAGUCACAACUGAUGAGUCUGGGAACUCUGAAGACAGCGCUAGAAUCUCCAUCACUUUUUUCCGUCUGUUCCGGGUGAUGAGGUUGGUGAAGCUGCUUAGCAGAGGAGAAGGAAUCAGAACUUUACUAUGGACGUUCAUUAAGUCAUUUCAGGCUCUGCCUUAUGUCGCCCUUCUGAUAGCCAUGCUGUUCUUCAUCUAUGCUGUCAUUGGCAUGCAGGUGUUUGGAAAAGUGGCCAUGAGGGACAACAAUCAAAUAAACAGAAACAACAAUUUUCAAACUUUCCCCCAAGCUGUGCUUCUUCUCUUCAGGUGUGCAACUGGAGAAGCCUGGCAGGAAAUCAUGCUGGCAUGUUUGCCUGGAAAACGCUGUGAUCCAGAAUCUGAUUAUAAUCCAGGGGAAGAGUACACGUGUGGAAGCAAUUUUGCCAUCAUUUAUUUUAUCAGUUUUUACAUGCUUUGUGCAUUUUUGAUUAUAAACUUGUUUGUGGCUGUCAUUAUGGAUAACUUUGAUUAUUUGACACGUGACUGGUCUAUUUUGGGUCCCCAUCAUUUGGAUGAGUUCAAAAGGAUAUGGUCUGAAUAUGACCCUGAAGCGAAGGGAAGGAUAAAGCAUCUUGAUGUGGUUACAUUGCUGAGACGCAUUCAGCCACCACUUGGUUUUGGCAAAUUGUGCCCUCACCGAGUGGCCUGCAAGAGGUUAGUCGCAAUGAAUAUGCCAUUAAACAGUGAUGGAACUGUCAUGUUCAACGCUACUUUGUUUGCUUUGGUUAGGACUGCUCUAAAGAUAAAAACAGAAGGUAACCUAGAACAAGCAAAUGAAGAACUUAGAGCAGUUAUAAAGAAAAUAUGGAAGAAAACGAGCAUGAAAUUACUUGACCAAGUUGUUCCUCCAGCUGGCGAUGAUGAGGUAACCGUGGGGAAGUUCUAUGCCACCUUCCUGAUACAGGACUACUUUAGGAAAUUCAAGAAACGCAAAGAGCAAGGACUGGUGGGGAAAUAUCCUGCGAAGAAUACCACGAUUGCUCUGCAGGCAGGACUAAGGACACUUCAUGAUAUUGGCCCUGAAAUACGCCGAGCUAUAUCCUGUGACUUGCAAGAUGAUGAACCAGAGGAAAACAAUCCAGAGGAAGAGGAAGAUGUUUAUAAAAGGAAUGGUGCCCUAUUUGGCAACCACAUAAACCAUAUUAGUAGUGACAGACGAGAUUCAUUUCAACAGAUCAACACCACACACCGUCCCUUACAUGUUCAGCGGCCUUCAAUUCCAUCUGCAAGUGAUACUGAGAAAACUAUGUAUUCUCAGGCAGGAAAUUCUGUAUACCACAACCAUCAUCAUCACAACUCAAUAGGAAAGCAAGUUCCAAACUCAACCAAUGCCAAUCUCAAUAAUGCCAACGUGUCCAAAGUUCAUGGGAAACACACAAAUUUUGGAAAUCGUGAGCAUAGAUCCGAAAAUGGUUACCAUUCCUACUCCAGAACUGAUCAUGACAAGCGUAGAAGGCCAAGCAGUAGGAGAACCCGCUACUAUGAAACGUAUAUUCGAUCUGACUCUGGUGAUGGGCGUCGACCUACCAUUUGCCGUGAAGAACGUGAUGAUCGCGAUUAUUGCAAUGAUGAUCGUUAUUUGGCAGAGCAGGAAUAUUUUAGUGGAGAUGAGUAUUAUGAGGAAGACAGUAUGUUGUCAGGAAGCAGGUGAGGAUAAUUGCUAA